AAACUGGGAUGUGCCAUUAGAGUGGCCAGAAUCCCCCCAAAAAAUUGUCCUUGGAUUGAGGCAAACUUGAGUACAGACUUCAUUGGGACUCUAACUAACAAAGUUGCUUUUAGAACAUUGCCUUGGAACACUAAAAAAAAAAGGUUAAUGAAAUUCCUAGAGAGUCAACAACCUCUAAUCACUAGAUAGAUUUUUAUUGAAAGCAAGUGGAUUUCGAAUAAUACUAAAUUUCAAAAUUCAGUAGAAACUCCCUAGAGUGAAACCCUGAAACAGAUUAACGUCUGCUUAACUUCCGACAACGAAAUUUCAAUUGAGAAACAGCUUCAAAAUCAGCUCCACGAAUGGAGCUGCAACUCAUAAUGGAUUCCGGGUCAGAAACUCUAAACGGAACCAUGUGGCUGGAGAAUUCUCCAUCUCCGUCGUACCAGCAAUUGUCACCCAAUCAACAGAAUGGAUGCGCGACAGUGUUACAACAAGCCUCAAUCGACUACCACAGUCCUCAGACAGUUCUGUGGCAGGACAAGAACAGCUCAUCACUCAAUCAUUCUCCAGGAUCAGGUGGACAAAUACGCUCUGGUAGCGGUUCGCCACAGCAGUUACCAACUUCACCAGGGCAAGGACAGUCGCUUCACCAAUCACAAAGCAUAUUGAAGCGCCGUUCAGCGGAGUCCUUGCAACCGAUAUCAGAUCAUGACAGAAAGCACAUCAAAAGAGACGGAUCAGUCGGCAGCAAUGGUUCCGGUCAAGGAUGGUCACCACAAGUCGAAGAUUUCGCAGAACACCUGGCAGCGGAUUUUGAUGGUUCCUUGUGCGCACUGGCAGCAUCCGAUUUGGCAACGGCUGUUGCAUCGUAUAGUAUGAGCGAAGCUUUGCUCGCGCUUCCUUCUCUGACUGUAUUCAAACAGGAAGCUCCGUCUCCUGAGAAUCACCAUAAUAAUCCAAGCCUGAAUCACAUCACUCAGAGAAGCAUCAAUCAACCUGCUGGCCAUAAUGGGAAUGUCGCUAAUAACGAAGCUGACAGUAACAACAAUGGCCAGAGCGCUGCCAGUCUUCAUCAGCUGCUCUACUCGUCCACGGAAGAGUAUCCGCCGACAUCAUCUACGGGGAAUCAGGUCUCGUCCUCGCAGCAGGGAAACGAAUUCAAUGAAGACUGCCGUUUUCAGUACGUCUUGGCAGCAGCCACCAGUAUCGCCACUAAGGUCAACGAGGAGACCCUGACUUAUUUGAACCAAGGUCAAUCCUACGAGAUCAAGCUGAAGAAACUUGGAGACCUGUCUGCCUACAGAGGCAAGAUCCUCAAGGGACAUCCGACAUUUCUGUUUCAGUCGACAAUCCGCAUCUGCUUCCACGAGCGACGUCUACAGUAUACAGAGAGGGAACAGAUGCUGGCCUGGCAGCGUACAAGACCUGGAGAACGUCUUCUGGAAGUCGACGUACCUCUCAGUUAUGGGAUGGUUGACGUGCGCGAGCCUUUUCCAUCGAAUAAUUGCGUGGAAUUCAUGUGGGAUCCUACGAAGGAAGUUGGCGUGUAUAUCAAGGUCAACUGUAUAAGCACGGAAUUCACGCCGAAGAAGCACGGCGGUGAAAAAGGCGUGCCUUUCCGUAUUCAGGUUGAAACUAGACUUCCUGGCGGACCGCGCCUUCACGCGGCAUCCUGUCAGGUCAAAGUUUUCAAGCUUAAAGGAGCUGAUCGCAAACACAAGCAGGAUCGCGAUAAAAUUCUUCGUCGACCUCCUCACGAACAAGACAAGUAUCAACCGAGCUACGAUUGCACGGUCCUCUCCGACAUUCCAUUGGAUUCGCUCUCGCCGUCGAGUCCCUUAUCCCAAAACGGAGGAAGCCCUUACGCCCCGACAGAAGCAAUUUCUCCACAGAGCAGAGCUGCGAUCGGUGGUAGUUCUUCGCCCGUUGCUGUACCUGUCGCCCUGUCCGUAUCCAAUGCCAGUGUGGUACCACUGUCCCAGGUAUCAGAAUCCGUCAAAGAGGAUCCAAACACAGCACCAGGACUUCCGUCGCCUGCUGCAAUCCUGCCCGACCACCCUUGUACCGAUGAUAAUGUCAGUGGAACGUUUUCUGAAUUACCAUCGGAUGCAAAUGCUGCUCAAACAACCGCCUGGCUACGUGCUGCUCGUUUUCACACUUUCGAGUCAACAUUUUCGAGUUUCUCAGCCUCCGACAUUCUUCGUUUGUCGCGCGACGACUUGAUACAAAUUUGUGGUGUGGCUGACGGCAUUCGACUUUUCAAUGCUUUACAUUCGAAAGCCCCAACGCCAAAACUCACUUUGUACUUCUCGAUCGAGGGUAAAAGCUCUAUUUGGAGAGCCGUGUAUCUGGAGAGCUUAACGAGCACUGCUCUUACCGCUAAGCUUUUAUCCGCGUUAAAUUUGUCUCGUGAAAAUCUUUAUUCGAUUUUGUUAAUGGGACCACAGGGUAUACACAUUCUAGUGACCAAUGAACUAGUGGCGAAUAUGAAGGACGAGAGCAUGUACUACGUUGAAAUGAUAAAAGAUACGGCCAGCGAUCGCUACAAACUACUGCUGAAGCCUUCUUCACGCUGAUUCACUUAAACUUCAUUGGGAUUAAGGCAGUGUGACUAUUUAACAGUGUCUUGUGUUGUGGGAAUUCACACGAGACGUAUAAUACUCGAUGCAGACAAAUGAAUAACUACUCAUAAUGAAAAGGCAGCUUAGGUUUGCUACGAGAAAGUAACUUCGUGUAUUUCAAUAGUGAAAUUUUCGUCUGGAAUUGCAAUUACGAAUCGUCGAUUCCAAAGCAUUGACGAAGAAGGUACUUUUGAAAUUCAUUCAACUGGAAUUGCCUGGAGCAAAAUACAAAUUGCCAUCUUAAGAUCCGUAACACAUCUGACGAUAUAAGGGAUAUCUUAUUGAAUAUAUGUUCACCUACCACCUACCUUCACAGACUCUAUCACUUGGAAAUGUAACAUAUGGUUUUCAUUUCUUAUCUAAAUCGGUAAAAAGAAAUUGAUUCAAAGCUAGCUAAGGGGGUUUCGUAGUAAAUGUCAUCAUUUGAAUAUUAUUUAAUUACUAUGUCGUUUCGAUUAAUGGGAAUUUUAUUCGGUGACGGUUAUUGCGAACUUUACUGUUUCUUGUUAGAAUGGUAUUUGCUGAUUCUGCAUGUAUUCAAUUUUUUACUGUGGACUUUGAAAGUACGCUGCCUAGCUUUGUAAAUUUCGUGCCAAUGAACCGUAUGUUCAAUUAGGAAAGAAACAUAAAAUGAAAUCUUGUUAAAUCAUUCGCGAAAAACGUUGAAUUUUGAUUAAGUGUACGAUUUCGUUUUUCAUGUUAAAGCAGUAAAUAAGAUAUGGUAAAUACGUGCAAUUAUUAACUCUUGAAGUAAUUUAGAAGCAUACCAAAAACUACGUUAUUCAUACGUAAGGAUUUGACGAUACGUAAAUUCACAAGGCCAUCGCCCAUGAACAAAAUGGAAUGUAGUGUCAAUAGAACUUGAUUUAUUUUGGUUAGGAUAAAAGAAUCUAUUCGUAUAUUUCUAUGAAAUUUCACAAACUUUAUUAUAUAUGUUCCUGGUAAGUUGUCUUACGCGGUAAAAUUUGCUAAUUAUUUCGUCGAUUUAUCUGCGUGCUUUUGUGUUUCACGCAUUUAUGUUUACUGUUAUUUACUCUUUAUUUUAGUUAGCGAAUAAAUGAAAAGUGUAUUAGGGAAUAGGGUCGAAUUAAAUCUUCCUUAUGACCAAAGUAUAAUCAAACAUUAGUUGCUACACUAAUACUUAGUGCAAUAAGGUCUCAAAAUACGCCAAACGCUACUCCGCUAUGUAUGGGCGUAGCUAUUAAUUAUUGUCUCAUAUUAGUCUGUAACGUAAGUGUCCACUUUGACCCACUCAUCAGGGAACUUUAGGGAAAUUUAAGGAGAUAAACGAAAAAAACAUAUAUAUAUUCACAAGGUGCCUUAGAAGUGAGCAUUUACGUCAGCUUUCUGUUGUAAGGUAUUAAAAGUAAUUAUAUGUAAUUGAAAACUUAAUGUAGUAACUUCUUUAGAGGAAACUGGAAAUACAAAAAUAGCCUUGUCUGAUGCGGUACAAACCAGGAUUCUUUCAAAAUAUUUAUUUUUUUGAGAGAUAGUCUACAAUUUGAUAAUAAGAAGGUAAUCAUAUAAAGUAUAAUCGCAGGUCUUUAUUGUACGUGGAAUAACGUGUAUAUGAACAUGUCAUGUCUUGAUUAAUAGUAUUUGCCAAGAAGCAUGUCUAUUGGAUCAAAGCGAUUGCACAGUCAGCUCAAGAUUAAAAUGAUCUUAUAUCGUUUUUGUUCUCUUGAGAACGUAAAGUAUUUUAUGGGAUCCUUGUGAAACAAUCCUGGCGGUUGUUAUAAGUUUUAAUUCUAGGAUAGUUUAACGUCACGACUGUACAACGCCAUGUAAUCGCGUCUAGUUCGAUUAUGAUUAUAGACUAAGAAAGAGUUAUAUGAAAUAGAAGAAUUAUUUUUCUCUAUUUUCAAUCACCUAAAUUUUAUUGUAUUAAGUAUAUUGAAGACGCGCAGUAUGGUGUAACGAGCAUUUUGUAUUUGGGAAUGAUAAUUUCACUUGCAAAUGCACGUGGACUAAUAAAAAUUUCAGACACCA